ACCAAAAAACAAAAAAUACACAGUCACACGUACAAAGCUCUAACAGGAUAAAUGAGACUGUUUCACAAACACACACUCAAACACUAUGCCAAAUCAAAAAUGAAACAAAAAAUACACAGUCACACGUACAAAGCUCUAACAGGAUAAAUGAGACUGUUUCACAAACACACACUCAAACACUAUGCCAAAGAAAAAAUGAAACAAAAAAUACACAGCCACACGUACAAAGCUCUAACAGGACAAAUGAGACUAUUUCACAAACACACACUCAAACACUAUGCCAAAUCAAAAAUAAACUACUGCCAUGUAAUAUCUGUAAGCCAUAUUUCAAUACUUUAAUGAUUUGGAUAAUGAAAUCUAAUUCUAUAUUUGAAUUAAUUCAAUCACAAUAUUUAUACUAUAUAUUAGAGAUAAAAUCACCGACCUUUAUCCAUAUUUUCUUUGUUUGAUAUAUAGGUUGAAAUCGACUAGACCUCAGGUCACCAAAAUGACCAGUCUACUCAUCCUUCUCCUACUAAUCCUCCCCAUUUCAAUCCUCUUCCUCCUCCUCCACAAAAAAACCCCUCAAACCCCGUCCGGCCCCCGUGGCCUCCCCGUCAUCGGCAACAUCCUCCACCUCGCCACCCCCGAGCCACACGUCCACCUAUGCAAACUCUCCCGCACCUACGGCCCCCUCAUGUCCCUCAACCUCGGCUCCAAGCCUACCCUCAUCGUCUCCUCCCCCCGAAUCGCAGAGCAAGUGAUGCGAACUCACGACCUCGCCUUCUGCAGCCGCCCUAAGCUCCUCGGCCAGCACAAGCUCUUCUACAACGGCCUCGACGUCGCCUUCGCCCCUUACGGCCACUCCUGGCGGGAGAUGCGGAAGAUCUGCGUCGUCCAUCUCCUCAGCAGCAAGCGCGUCCAGUCCUUCAGGCCUGUCCGGGAGGAGGAGGUGUUCAGCAUGACCCGAGAGCUCUCCCGGGACUCGGGCCGGGUGGUCAACUUGACCGCAGUCAUGCUGGGGCUGACGAGCACGCUGAUUUGCAGGAUUGCGUUCGGGAAGGGGAAUUCGAAGAGGGAGAGGUUUGAUGAGCUUAUGAUUGAGGCUCAGGCGAUGCAGGCAGGAUUUGCGUUUGUUUCGGAUUAUUUUCCGUGGUUGGGGUGGGUGGAUAGGCUGAGAGGGAUGGUUGCUAGGCUUGAAAAGAUUUAUAGAGACAUGGAUGAUUUCGUUGAGCAGCUGAUUUGUGAGCACCUCGAUCCGAGUUGGCCUCAUUUCAUGAAUCCGAAUAUUCUAGAUCUUUUGAUUCAGCUCAAGAAUGAAAAUUCUUGCUCUAUCACUCUCACUUGGGAUCAUGUCAAGGCAAUACUCAUGGAUAUAUUUGUGGCCGCUACAGACACAAGUGCAGCUACGGUAAUUUGGGCCAUGACAGCUCUAGUGAAAAAACCAGCAGCAAUGGAGAGAUUGCACAAGGAAAUAAGAGAGUUAGUUGGGGAUAGAACACAAGUGAACGAGGAUGAUCUACCAAAACUAGCUUAUCUCAAGGCAGUAAUCAAGGAGACUUUGAGAUUGUUCCCACCAGCACCACUCCUACUGCCUAGAGAAUCAAUGUCUGAUUGCAAAAUAAACGGGUAUACGAUCCCGGCUAAGACACUAGUCUUUAUAAACGCGUGGGCGAUUGGAAGAGAUCCAGAGAGCUGGGAAAAUCCAGAUGAGUUCGUGCCAGAGAGAUUCUUGAAUUCAAGCAUCGAUAUCCUUGGGACGGAUUUUGAAGUGAUCCCCUUUGGGGCGGGGCGAAGAGGGUGCCCCGGGAUAGCCAUGGGGCUUGCAACGGUGGAGCUCACACUUGCGAACCUCCUUCACUCGUUCGAUUGGGAAUUUCCGCCCGGAGUGUACAAAGAAGAUAUUGAUACUCAGGUUUUGCCGGGGCUUACUAUGCAUAAGAAACAUCCACUUUGUCUUGUGCCUAUUAAUAGAACACAACAUGGGGCGUAAAAUUCUUUAUGCUUAAUUUAUAUCUACACUUAGUAUGUAUCUUGUAUAUGUGACGAAUAAUUAAGAACUUACUUAAUGUUUGGUUUGUGUA